CAUAUUUCUCUCUAAAAACCUAGACUUCACCAUAGUCCUUCCGGCCACAAUAGCUACCCGAUCAACAUUUUAAUUUUUCAUUCCGUCAGGUCCCCCGCCGUACGUAUUUCCGGCCACUCCUUACAUUUCGGUUUGAAUCUAUCUUUUUCCUCAUGAGAAGUAAUUCAUAAUCAAUUAAGCAAUUUCCCUUUCCUUUCAUUUCAGUGACGCGCGUUUGGUCAUUUACAACGGCUCGAGACGCUACAAAAGUCAUUAAGUCAAUUAUAUUGUUGACUAUCACAUUAAGUAGCGCGUUUGUGUUUCUACUCGCGUUCCCCAAAAACACGUUUCGUUCUUCUGGAGAUACAGUAACAGAACCAAUGGCUCGAAGCUUUAUUCUGUGGCUUCACGGUCUUGGUGACUCUGGUCCUGCAAAUGAACCAAUCAAGACAUUAUUCACUUCUCCCCAAUUCAGAGACACCAAAUGGUCCUUCCCUUCCGCCCCCUACGCCUCUGUCACUUGCAACCAUGGUUCUGUAAUGCCUUCAUGGUUUGACAUUAAGGAGAUUCCUGUUACAGCUGAGUCUCCAAAUGACGAAAGUAGUUUGCUUAAUGCUGUUCAAAAUGUUCAUGCUACUAUAGACAAGGAAAUAGCCGCUGGCGUAAACCCUAACAAUAUAUUUAUCUGUGGAUUCAGUCAAGGAGGUGCCUUGACAUUGGCUAGUGUGCUGCUGUACCCUAAAACUUUAGGUGGAGGUGCUAUCUUUAGUGGUUGGGUUCCAUUUAAUUCGUCUAUUACAGAACAAAUUACACCCGAAGCUAAGCAGACACCCAUACUGUGGUCCCAUGGGCUUGCUGAUAAAACAGUAUUGUUCGAGGCCGGACAAGCAGCCCCUCCAUUCCUUGAAAAAAUUGGUGUUGGUUGUGAGUUUAAGGCUUAUCCUGGUCUUGCCCACUCGAUAACCAGCGAGGAGCUGCGGUAUCUCGAGUCAUGGAUCAAGGCACGCCUACAGAGUUCUUCGUAGUAGUUAUUUCAGCCCGUAUCUCUUGCAUUGCAACUGAAUAAUUUGAAUAUAUGCUUGUGCUUGUGUAGACCUCCGUAUCAUUCUAUAUCUAUUUUCACUUUGUUGUUAUCAAUAAUUAACCGGAUUGAAAUUCUUGAUCUCAGUUACUGUCUUUUCUUUUCUUACUCUCUCAAAAACCCUGCAAGUUUGCAUUAUCUGCCUUUGGUAUAUGGCAUAAUAUUUGUUUAUUCUCCUUUA